GGGAUUUGGUCAAUCAGAGUUUCAGACUCUCGCCAAGCUUGCGGAGCUUUAACAUGCUAAUAUGCUAAUCCGGGCAUAUUAUCGGGUAAAGGGGGAGAAACAAAAGACGAGAAACAAUGGGAAUAAGUUCGCAGUGAACGAGAGGAAGCUACAGUGACCGAUGGGAAGCUGAGGAGGAAGUUUUAAAACUUUUUAAGCACGCUGUGUGCGGUUCGCUGCUAGCCCCUCAACGGCUAGAGCUGCUAGCAGUUUGAAAACUUUCUGAAGCCGCCCAGGAGUUAGACGGACCCUUUCUGGAGCUCUCGGCAGGAGCAGAACGAGUGCAGGAAUUAGACUUGACUCAUGACCGUGGAGGUGUGAAUCGCUCCCCGGUCCUGUCUACCCUGUUCCGGAUGGCUGAGGAACGCGAGCCGCAGGGAGCGGCAGAGAUGAUCAAAGACCGUCUGUACUUCGCCACGUUACGCAGCAAACCCAAAAGCACCGUCAACACCCACUACUUCUGCACCGACGACGAGUUUGUCUACGAGAAUUUCUACACAGACUUCGGGCCGCUGAACCUGGCCAUGCUGUACCGAUACUGCUGCAAGCUCAACAAGAAGCUGAAGUCGUUCACGCUGACCAGGAAGCGAAUCGUUCACUACACCAGCUUCGACCAGAGGAAGCGCGCCAACGCCGCCGUGCUGAUCGGCGGCUACGCCGUGAUUUACCUGAAGAAGACUCCAGAGGAAGCCUUCAGAGCGCUGAUCUCCGGCUCCAACGCCGCCUACCUGCCCUUCAGGGACGCCUCUUUUGGAAAUUGCACCUACAACCUCACAGUGCUGGACUGUCUGCAGGGAAUCAGGAAGGCUUUGCAGCACGGCUUCUUUGACUUUGAGACGUUUGAUGUGGACGAAUACGAACAUUACGAGCGCGUGGAGAACGGAGACCUGAACUGGAUCGUCCCGGGAAAGUUUCUGGCCUUCAGCGGACCGCAUCCCAAAUCCAGGAUAGAAAACGGUUACCCUCUGCACGCGCCCGAGGCUUACUUCCCCUACUUCAGGAAGUACGGCGUGACCACCAUCAUCCGCCUGAACAAGAAGAUCUACGACGGAAAGCGCUUCACCAACGCCGGCUUCGACCACUACGACCUCUUCUUCAUCGACGGCAGCACGCCCAACGACACCAUCGUACGCCGCUUCCUGCACGUCUGUGAGAACGCGCAAGGAGCCGUGGCCGUCCACUGCAAGGCUGGUCUGGGCAGAACGGGCACUCUGAUUGGCUGCUACCUGAUGAAACACUACCGCUUCACUGCCGCCGAGGCCAUCGCCUGGACCCGGAUCUGCAGGCCCGGUUCUGUCAUCGGGCCGCAGCAGAACUUCCUGGAAGACAAGCAGGCGUCUCUGUGGCUGCAAAGCCCGCACACUCUGAAGGGAAGAACGGAGGACCAGACGGCGCAUCUCAUCAACGGCCUGGACGAGCUGUCGCUAAGCUCCGCCCACAACGCCAACUUCCUCCGAUCGGCGAGCGCCGACCAUCUGCAGGAGGACUUUUCUGUCAGGCAAAAGUUUCAGUCACCCUCAGACAUCCUCAUUGAACUUUGUGACUCGAGGCAGUUGAGGCUACUGGGUGACAUUACAGACGGUUCGGGUCUGACGCAGGGCGACAAACUGCGAGCCCUGAAGAGCCGCCGCCACCCUCGCCCAUCUGUGAGCGGAGGAGCUCUGAGAUUUGAGGAGCCAAAGACCCGCCACCGCUCCAGCUCACCGCCGCUCCGGUUAUCAAAAGGGAGCAGUCAAAGUCCCGCCUCCAUCCACAAGCCCUCCAAACUCCCAGCAUCCUCUACUUCUCCUGCUGCCAAGAGGAUCGGGAGGAACUCGUUAUCGCCGAUGUCAAACAUCCGAAGCUCAGCCUUCGGCUCGCGCUUGGCCAGCUCCCUCGGAGAUCUCUACGCCGCCGACGCCGAGGAGGACGAGAAGACUCCCUUCUCCUCUUUUCCUCCCUCCUCUUCCUCCUCUCUCUCUGUAAGCCCCGCCCCCUCCGCCCCUUCGCCCGGCUACAGCGGCGGGCCUCGCGGCGCGCAGCACGAGGUCAACAACAACAGUACCUUGUACGGCGGCUCCGCGGCGCCCCCUGCGGUCAAGGGUUAUAUGAGGCCGCAGCAUCAGGACGUCAGUGCCUUCAGGGGCCACGGGCCCUCCAGCGCCAUGAAGGGCCCCUCAGGACGUUACCUGAGCCGCUCCAUACCUCUCUUCUCUAAGCGUGUUGAUCAGGGGAGCCGAGGGUUUUCUCUGCAUCGGGAAACUUUAGCUUCACUAACCGCCAGAGCUGCUGCUGAGACGAGGAAACGCUGCCACUAAGUCUGAGGCUGAGCAAUGAGACACAAAAUUCUCUUCAGUCGGAAUACAUCCAGUACUAGAACCUGCAGCCCGACCUGAGGGUCCAGAACCGGGCCCUCCUCCGAUUCCGACAGCGCCAGCUUUGAAUCGGGAACCCGAAUAAACCGGCGAGAGCUGGACUCUGGACUCAGACUGUAUGUGAGCGAAGCUGUGUGUAAAUGUGACCCGAUCGGCUCCUCAAGCGUUUUUAACAGAACAACUCGGGCUUCAAGUGUUUUUGUUUUCUUUUGGUUUUGAUAAACGGGGAGGGUCAGCUGAUCGGUGGCUCGCCCCGUCGCCAUGGUUACAGUAUUUACGUCCAGUUUUGGUGAAGACGGGAACUCAGGACUUCGGUCUGAAACGCCUUAGAGAAGCUUUAAAAAACAGGAACUUUUAUCGUUAACGGACUGAAAAUAAAGACGGUUUUGUUUCUCAGGUUCAGAUUUACACCAGCAUAAAAAAAGAAAGAAAGUUUUAUCUGUUUUCAUGUUGACGCCUCCAUCAUGCCUGGAAAAUAAUGAAAUGAGCAGCAAAACUUUAACUAGGCUAAAUGUAGAUUUAGUUGCCAUGGAGACGUGAGCAGAAGUGUAGUUCGAGUGUCGUUUUUACGGUCGGACUGAACAGUUUUACCAGCAUAAACCAGCAGCUGCCUGUAGGGGGCGCUCAGCGGAUCACAUCACUGUUUUAUUUUAAUGUUUACUAAUCGACUCGUCUUAAAAAAUGUUAAAUGUGUUUUUUUGUAAGCCGGAAACGUCCGAGUCCGUCCGUUUUUUCCCUCGGCUGAAGAAGUUCUGGAUCCUUCCAAUAAUCAGGUCCAAAGGCUCGGUUCCGACCCGCAUCGCACCUCCAGCUGGGAGAGUUCGGACCGGAGCCGCAGUUUCAAACGGGCCCUGAGUGCCUUCAACACGUUAUCAUGAAGAAGAGACUUUUAUUGUGGCGGUCCCCAACAGGAAGUUGUGUGGCUGCUGUUUUAACCAUGAAUGUUUUUCAUCUGUAUUUAUGUCACUGAGACUUUAAAGGAAGUCAGAAAAUAAUGUUUUCUCUCAACUGAACGAAGAGUUUCUACACGAAUAAAAACAGGAAACAAUCA